CAUCGUGACAAUUGCAUUUUUCUCUUUGACUUUGCGUUUAUUGUCAUUGAGUAAAACCCAGGAAGUUGCAUUCCAAUUUUGGAGGACUUGAUCUGUCAGGAUCACUACAAAGAACAUAGGAAACGUCAAGUUUCUGUUAUGCAGUACCGUACAUGUAUCAAGUUCUUCGUCGUGGAGUAGCAUAAAGUCCGUCGAAGCACCAAUUCAAUCACUUGAGAACGUUUUCAACCGUGGAGAGUUUUCAAUCUUUAGUGCGAGAUUCCUUCCGGAGUCGGAUACUCGUUUGGAUAUUUCUGCUCACUGUCUGCACGUCGCUUUUUGCUGGAGACGUCCUGCUGAAAAUGGCGAAUCUCAAUGGAAGAGCAGACGCGAAGGAGGACGCGAUAAAGGAUAUGGAGAGGGAAAUUGCUGAGAUAAAGCAAAAGUGUCCCGCUGAGCAAAAGAAGGAGAUGGAAACGCAGCUUGAAGGUUUCCAGCGGUUAUUCAAGCGCUUCUUGUCCGAGAGCGGCCCAUCGGUACACUGGGAGGACGUGAAGCCAGCUGGUGAAAAGAUGCAAUCCUACAGCGACCUGCCUGACAUUGAUCCAGAGAACAUUGACGUGAUACGCAAAUACCUGGAGAAACUAGUCGUUCUCAAGCUGAACGGAGGUCUGGGCACCAGCAUGGGCUGCAAAGGUCCGAAGAGUCUCAUAGCUGUCCGCGGAGAGCACACUUUCCUUGAUCUUACCGUCCAGCAGAUUGAGGCACUGAAUAAGAAGUAUAACGUCAGCGUACCUCUCGUGCUCAUGAACUCAUUCAACACGCAUGUGGACACUCAGAAGAUUCUGUGGAAGUACCAUGGGACGGGCGUGCCGAUCUUCACAUUCCAGCAGAGCUGCUAUCCCCGUAUCAAUCGCGAAUCGUUGAUGCCCAUGGACACGAAUCUAGAUAGCAAGGAAGCAUGGUACCCGCCCGGUCACGGUGAUUUCUAUGAGGCCUUCUACAACUCCAGCUACCUAACAAAGUUCAUUGAACAGGGAAAGGAGUUUGUGUUCGUUUCCAACAUUGACAACUUGGGCGCCAAUGUUGAUAUCAACAUCCUCAGCUUUUUGCUCAGCCAGCCAGCAGAAAAACGUUGCGAGUUUGUAACGGAAGUAACGGACAAGACGCGUGCCGACAUCAAGGGUGGCACGCUGAUCGACUACCAAGGCAAGCUACGUCUGCUUGAGAUUGCGCAAGUGCCAAAAGAUCAUAUUGAUGAGUUUACAUCUAUUUCCAAGUUCAAGAUUUUCAAUACGAAUAACAUGUGGAUCAAUCUAGCAGCCAUCAAGAGACUCACAGAGGCGAAAGCAUGGAAUAUGGAAAUCAUCCGCAAUGAGAAGACAACUGACAGCGGCACGCGCGUUAUUCAGCUCGAGACAGCUGCUGGUGCGGCCAUCAAGCAUUUCGAUGGUGCCACGGGUAUCAAUGUGCCACGCCGCCGCUUUCUGCCAGUGAAGCUGACUAGUGAUCUGCUGCUGGUAAUGAGCAACCUCUACACCAUACAUCAAGGAACGUUGUCACUGAGUGAAAAGCGCCAGUUCCCUGGUGUGCCACUCAUCAAGCUGGGUCAGGAUAAAUUCAAGAAGGUCAAGGAUUUCCUGCAACGAUUCGCAACUAUUCCAGAUCUGCUCGAGUUGGACCAUCUCACUGUGUCCGGGGAUGUGUCGUUUGGCAAAGGUGUCACGUUGAAGGGCACGGUCAUUAUCAUUGCGCACCACGGCGAGAGAAUUGACAUUGCCGCUGGUUCUAUUCUGGAGAACAAGAUAGUGUCGGGCAAUCUACGUAUUGUGGACCAUUAGCUUUUUCAAGUAGUCAUUACCCCUGCCCCGUGCCACCUCUGUGUUAUGAACAGAAACCUAGGCUUCUCCUUUUUCUUUUCUUUUGCUGGCCUGAGAUUUACGUUUGUGGGUGUCUGCUAACAUGCUGAAUCAUUGCUUCACCAUGGAUAUUUCUAUUUUAUUAUACGCUAUCUUCUGCUGCUGCUGCUGCUGUUGCUGACCCCUGCUGUCCCCCCAUUUGACUAAGCCUCUUCCAGUGCUGCUGAGCUUUACUUGCCUUCUGCCAUUGCCCAUUGUGAUGUGGUAGCCAUCUCGCCUUCAUUGACAGUAUUUCAUUUCUGUUUGGUUUUUUGUACAGCUUUCUUAGUUUUUUUUUUUUCGACCGAUUACUAUAAUUUAUGUCUGUUUGCUUUCCACUGAAAGGCAUUAGAUGUAUUGUCACCGCUGGGUGUACUUGAUGACUAGCUCUGCUUUCACCCUUUUCAGUGUUUUUUUUUUUAUUUCAUGCCAGAAUAAUAUACUACUAUGUACCAAUCAAUAUCAUAAACACCACAUAUCUACGUUAUCAUUUUGCCUUUUUCCCAUUGUAUUCAUUGUCUUCUACUGAGUCUAUUUCACCGUCAGAAUCCACUCCGCGGCCAGCGCACGGUCGUUUUUUCUACAAUCCUUGCGGUUGUAUCCAGAUGAUUGUUAACUUACAA